GUCCUAUUCUGGUGUAAAUCUAGUAUGAUCUACAUGUAAUAAAGUAGAGACAGUGAAUCACUACCUAUAUGAAUAUAUGCUCCAAAUACUAAGAAAAGAGAACGGAUGGUCUAUUAUAUUGAAAACAAAGAGCGAGAGAGACUAUGAGAAAUAUACAAUGUGGCAUUAGAUUAGAUAAAAUUAAAGAAUAAUAAGCUGCGCAACAAGUGAAAAGAACAUAGUGAGAGUUCAAGAGACAAAAAAGUACAGAUCGAGUGACGAACUGCCGGGGUUAAAGCGGCGUUAUAGCACAACAACACCUUCAACAACAACGAGUUCAAAAUGUCCGCGUCGAACAAUGAUGACGAACCGUCAAGUAUUAAUCCCAUAUACAGCGGUUUUAAAGAUUGGACCGUGCAUCAGGUCGGCGAAUAUCUAAUGCAGAAUGAACAUCUGGGCCUAAACGAUGUUGCAGACAAAUUUAUAGAGGCAGGGAUAGCUGGAGCUCAACUGGCAGAGCUCACUGGAGAACUCCUUGAGAAAAUGAAAAUCGAACAUAUGGGGCAAAGACAAAAAGUGUUACAGCUCAUAAGGGAACUCCACAGCUUGGCUGAUGCUGAACACAGUACAAAGGUGUUUAAUGACCCUAUCCAUGGUCACAUUGAGGUGUCUUCUCUGUGUGCUGCCAUCAUUGAUACAAAACAGUUCCAACGUUUACGAUUCUUGAAGCAGUUGGGAGGGUGCUAUUGGGUCUUCCCUGGUGCCCCUCACAACAGAUUCGAACACUCAAUUGGUGUGUAUUGGCUGGCUGGCCAACUGGUGCGUGCUCUGCGAACUAGGCAGCCAUUUCUACGUAUUACAGAUGCAGAUAUCAUCUGUGUACAGAUAGCAGGACUGUGCCAUGACCUAGGACAUGGUCCAUUCUCCCACAUGUUUGAUGAGAAGUUUAUUCCCAAAAUAGACAAGAAUAGUAAAUGGAGGCAUGAGGAUGCUUCAGUUGCCAUGUUUGACUACCUCGUAGAAGACAACAAUCUUAUCCCAUUAUUUGAACAACAUGGUUUAAUAGAAAGCGAUCGCAUCUUCAUCAAAGAACUGAUUGCUGGACCUUCUCCAGAAUCUAUACAGGACACGAAUUGGAACUUUUGUGGUCGUCCAAAAUCCAAAAGCUUCCUAUAUGAAAUUGUAGCAAAUAAACGGAAUGGCAUUGAUGUCGACAAGUGGGAUUAUUUUGCCAGAGAUUGCUACCAUUUAGGGCUUAAUAACAACUUUGACCAUACACGGUUCAUCAAGUUUGCCCGCGUUUUGGAAGUUGAUGGGGUAUUCCAGAUUUGCUGCAGAGAUAAGGAAGCGAAUUGUCUGUACGAUAUGUAUCACACACGAAUUGUGUUACAUCAAAGAGCUUACGAACACAAAGUGAAGAACAUAGUAGAAUACAUGAUAACCGAAGCCUUAGUGGAAGCUAAUGACCAUAUUCUGCUAGAGGGAAAAGACGGUGUCAAACGUAAGAUGUCUGAGGCCAUAUAUGACAUGGUGGCCUUCUGUCAGCUGAAUGACACCAUCUAUAAUCACAUCUUAAUCUCUAGUGACCCAAACUUAGGCUCUGCCAAAACAAUAUUAAAGAUGAUAGAACGUAGAGAAUUGUAUAGAUGUAUUGGGCAGACCCGGCCAAGAACACCUACAAAGGCACACAAACAGGAUGAGGAUGUCAUCAGAAAAGAGGUGGCUGCCCACGUUCCUCCUAAAGAUAGAGAAUACAUCACUGCCUCAGACCUAGUGGUGCAUGUCAUUAAGUAUGACUAUGGCAUGGAUGUGAAUAACCCUGUGGACAGUGUCAGAUUCUACACGAAAGAUGAUCCUAACACAGCAGUAAAUUUGCCUAAAGAAAAGGUGUCCCAGAUGUUGCCAGAAAAGUUUGCAGAGGAACAUAUUCGUGUAUAUUGUAAAAAAUCGGACCCACAGAGCAUAAAGAUCUCACGUGCUGCAUUCAAUAGCUGGUAUAAGACUGAACAGGAUGUAUAAAUCGAGGGUGAUUAUUAUAUAAUACUUAAGUAAUCUUUAAUAACUCAAAUACCAGUGAACAGAUUUGGUUUAAAUUUUAUAUGUUGAUACCUAGAGA